AUGUUUGCCAAGGUGCUGCUCUACCUGCUGGCGCACCUGAACGUGCGCGACAGGAUCCGCGUGCGCGCCGGGAGCUGUGCCAGCUCAGCCUUCGCUCAUGUGCGUCAGAUCAACCUGAACCGGUACUUCGGCCCGAUGCACCUGCAGCGGCACCCGGUGCUGACCGACCAGCGGUUCAAGCAUGUGCUGCAGCUGCUGCCGAACCUGCAAAAGCUGGAGCUGGGGCCGGCCGGCGCACGGCUCUCCCGCAACGGCAUCUCAGCAUCGCUGGGCCGCAAGCUGUGUCCGCAGCUGAUUGACCUGGACAUCAGCUGCCUGCGGAUGUCGUUCCGAGCUCUGGAGAACCUGUGCCGCAACUGUCCCCGGCUGCAGCGGAUCAAUGUACCGCAGCUCAACUUCAAGGAGCAGAACCUGGAGGUGCUGCUCAAGUACCUGACAGAGCUGCGCAUCCUGGAGCUGGUGUCCACCAGUGUGACGGGAGACUGCUUCAGCCUGCUGCCGGCGUCGGUGCGCAAGGUGACACUGCGCGCGUGCCCGCGCAUCCGCGAGCACAACUUCUGCCUGGUGGGCGACCGGUGCGCACAGCUGGAGGAGCUCUGCCUCAGCCAGACGCGUGUGACGUCACACGACAUCAAACACAUCGCCGCCAGGUGUCGGAACCUGCGCCACCUGGACAUCAGCGGCUGCAACCUGGUGCAGCCGGAGGAGUUCCUCGAGCUGAUGCCCAAUGUGACGUCACUGGCUGCCGGCGCCUGCCCAAACAUCAACAAGAACACGUUUCGCGCGCUGGUCAGCUACUGCACCAAGCUGGAGCGGCUGGACUUGCGAGGCGGUGCCUCGCACAAGUACGUGCCGGCGGCCGGCCUGCAGCUGCUCUGUCGGCUGCCGCUGCUCUCCUGGCUGGACUCGCCCGCUCGCCCCUUCACCGAGAAGGGCCUGUUCGAUCUGUCGAUGACAUGUCGGUCGCUGGCUUCGCUGGACGUCAGCUGCGUGCAGUGCAUCUCGCGUCAGCUGUACGACUCGCUGGUGUCGAAGCUGCCGGCCGGGCGCCGCCUGUCGCUUAUCGUCGGCGGCACCGACCUGGAGCAGCUGUAUCUGGCCGAGCCGGACGACGACCGGGUCAAGCUCUGCCAGGGCAGUCCGGCGCCCGACUACCCGGCCGUCAUGCACGACGACCCGUCGUCGAGCGAUGACUCUGACUCGGACGGGCCGGAGGAGGAGCGCUUCGCCGACGUGUUCAUCGACUGGCUAUGGCUCAACAACGCACUGUGGGCCGUGUAGCCGGUCGCCGGGCCGCCGCCGGCUGCACCGCAAUGGCGCGCCGCCC